AUGUCAAAUAAAGUAAUUUCCGUAAAUAAACUCCUAAAAACCACCGAUAUUGGAGGCGACUGCAAAUCCUAUUUUUACAUACAAACAAAAUGGCUGGAUGACCAAAUUUUACUAAAAUUACAAGAUUCCCAAACGAAUCAAUGCUAUUCGGGAUCAGUGAGUGUCGCCCAAUUGAAGGAAUCAGCCAACGAAUUAAAUAUUCCAUACAAUGAAUACUACGAAGAAUGCCGUCAAGCCCUCACCACUUACAUUGCACUGCCCGGUUGUACCUAUAAAUUAGAUGAAGAUGACAAUGCCUUUAAGAUAUGGAAAUCUGAACCGGGAUCUAUACCAAUGUUAUAUCUGGAAAUACCCUUAAAAACAAUGCGACAUCAUUAUGAUAUUUUGGAUACAGCAGUGGAAGAACUACAAAAUCAAAAUAAAGCUUUAAGUGAACGGGUGGAAAAAGCACACAAAUUUGAUGAACAUUCACGGGCGCUACUGGACGAUUACCGGCUGUGCGUUGAGGAGAAAAAUAAAUUGGAAAGGCGUCUUUUGAGAAAAGUAGCUGCAUUAUUGAAUACGAAAAAACAAAAAAUUGCCGAGUUGGAGGAGCGUCUAAGCAAAUAUGAAAAUGUGAAUCGAAAUAACGAGGAGGAUGAGGAACAAAUGCAUGAAGAUGAUGAGGAUAGUCGAGGUAGCCGACCGGAAAGCUCAAAGAAACGUAGAAAACAGAUUAUCGAAAGUGAAACAGAGGAUGAAGAUGACUUCAAUGCAGAAACAGAACCCUUGACAAUGCCUGAAGUGAGUGCGUAG